GGACGUCCGCAGCGGGGUUAGGGCGGUGGGCGCUGAGGCCGGAGGCUGCGGCGACCUAGGACGGCCUGCCCCUGACGGGAGAAGGCGCCACCCACGCCUACAGGUGCCCGCGCUGGGGCAGUUCCUGAACCUCAUUCCAGUUGGCGGGGAAGAAGGAAGGGGCCGGGCCUGGUCUCCGCCCCUCGCGCCCCGGAUGGAGGAUGUGUCCGGCCCGGUGUCCCGGCGGGCGGCGGCGGCGGCGGCCACCAUGCUCCUGCGCACCGCUCGGGUCCCUCGCGAGUGCUGGUUCUUGCCCACCGCGCUGCUCUGCGCCUACGGCUUUUUCGCCAACCUCAGGCCGUCCGAGCCCUUCCUGACCCCCUACCUGCUGGGGCCCGACAAGAACCUGACCGACAGACAGGUCAUCAAUGAAAUUUUUCCAGUAUGGACUUAUUCUUACCUGGUGCUGCUGUUUCCUGUGUUCCUUGCCACAGACUACCUCCGUUACAAACCUGUUGUUCUGCUGCAGGGACUCAGCCUUAUUGUUACAUGGUUCAUGCUGCUCUAUGCCCAGGGACUCCUGGCCAUUCAGUUCUUGGAAUUCUUCUAUGGCAUCGCCACAGCUACUGAAAUUGCCUAUUACUCUUACAUCUAUAGUGUGGUAGACCUGGACAGGUACCAGAAAGUCACAAGUUACUGUCGAAGUGCCACUCUGGUGGGCUUCACAGUGGGCUCUGUCUUAGGGCAAAUCCUCAUCUCAGUGGCAGGCUGGUCCCUGUUCAGCCUGAAUGUCAUCUCUCUUACCUGUGUUUCUGUGGCUUUUGCUGUGGCCUGGUUUUUGCCGAUGCCACAGAAGAGCCUCUUCUUUCACCAUGUUUCUUCCACCUGCCAGGGAGUGAAUGGCAUCAAGGUACAAAAUGGUGGCAUUGUUACUGACACCCCAGCUUCUAACUACCUUCCUGGGUGGGAGGACAUCGAGUCAAAAAUCCCUCUAAAUAUGGAGGAAUCUCCCGUGGAGGAACCGGAAACCAAGCCAGACCGUCUCCUUGUGUUGAGGGUACUAUGGAAUGAUUUCUUGAUGUGCUAUUCCUCUCGCCCUCUGCUCUGCUGGUCUGUGUGGUGGGCCCUCUCCACCUGUGGCUAUUUUCAAGUCGUGAACUACAUACAGGGCCUAUGGGAGAAAGUGAUGCCUUCUCGCUAUGCUGCUAUCUAUAAUGGCAGUGUGGAGGCCGUUUCAACCUUACUGGGUGCUGUUGCCGUGUUUGUGGUUGGUUAUAUUAAAAUAUCCUGGUCAACUUGGGGAGAGGUGACAUUAUCUCUCUUUUCUCUCUUGAUUGCUGCUGCAGUGUAUAUCAUGGACACCGUGCAUAACAUUUGGGUGUGCUAUGCAUCCUAUGUUGUCUUCAGAAUUAUCUACAUGUUACUCAUCACGAUAGCAACUUUUCAAAUUGCUGCAAACCUCAGCAUGGAACGCUAUGCCCUAGUGUUUGGUGUAAAUACCUUCAUUGCCCUGGCAUUGCAGACUCUGCUCACUCUGACUGUGGUAGAUAUCAGUGGCCUUGGCUUAGAAAUUACCACUCAGUUCCUGAUCUACGCCGGUUAUUUUGCACUCAUCGCUGUGGUUUUCCUGGCUAAUGGUGUAGUCAGUAUUGUGAAGAAACACAGAAAGCAGGAGGAUCCAGAAUCAAGUUCUCAAGUAACCACUUCAUAAUACAGGGCUGAAGGGCUUCUUAUAGCAAGAACUCUGCACAGCAGCUGCCUGGAUGUAUUUAAUUUUUUUUAAGGAUAGACAUAUUUAUAAAUGUGCCCUUCAUGGCUUCAAAGCAGCCAUUUGAUUAAUAUGUUGUGUGUUCCUGGAGUAACAUCAUACUGUUUGGAGGAGCCAGAAGUAAAGUUUAUUUCAUGGACUAUUUAUGAGAGCUAAUUUAAGGAUGAUUUUUUUUCUGAUUCAAAAGUGAACUUGAUUUUAAAAACCAAGUAAUCAAGAGCAAUCAAGCAGAACAUGGUGUUGUAUACUUGAUUAAGCAGCACAUGGUAUUGUAUACUUGAUGAGCAAGUGAGUUUGAUGUUUUAUAGGUCACGUACGUCUGUACCGGCUUAGCCAGGUGCUUGGCCUGGUGGGACCAGGACUUCAUAGAGGAAAUAAGAUGUUACAAGUCAUGAUGAAAAUAUGUUCUAACAGCACCUGCCUCUAUUCAAUUUAAUUCUUAUUCCUGUGUUAUUCAUGUGCAUUUGUGUUUCUACAGAUGAAAGUUGUUCCUAUCACUGGCAAUAUUUGCUCAGAUUGUGUUCUGUCCUAUAAGGAGUAUGUGUCAUUUCUAAUUUUAAGUUAUUUUUUAAAAUUCAUGGUAUGAAUGUUCUUGGGUUCCAUCUUGACAAUUAUGUAUUUAUGUAGAUUUUCUUCAGAAGUACAUUUUUGCAUUAUUCAUAUGCUUCCCAGAGAAGCUCAUUUAGUUAGAAAAGAAGGCAAGUUUUGAAGCCUGCUAAUAAUCUUAAUGAAGAGAUCUAAUCAGAAAACUUCAGGUAGGUUUGCUUGUCUUUAAUUCUUCAGUAUGAAGGACUGUUUCAUGAUGAAAGUUCAUAUAUGGGCUAAAGAUAUAUUUAGUCCAUUUUGUAUUUGCAUAUCCUUUUAUUUUCAAAAUAAAAUGAAAAAGUCUUUUUUUAAAUAACUUCAUCCCCAUUUAUAGCUUUUAUAUUAUUUUCCUGUCUUAUCCAAGUAAAGAUGUCAAUAGGAGUUGGAUUAUUCCAAGGCCUUUUUCAUAAACUGAGCCUCUUUUUAAUUAUUUCAAUGGGACAGGAACUAGGAUAGAUUUGAUUCCUGUAUUUUGUACCUUAAAUCUUCCAUUGUUCCUAAGGGUAGAUCAUCUUGAAUAUUUGUUUAAAAUAAGAAUUGCUAGUGACUACAUUACCAAGUUACUUGAAAAACUACUAUUCUGUAUGCAUUUAAUUCUGAAAUCAAGCUACCAGGGGGCUGGUAGUAUAUGUGAGACAUGAAAACUAAUUUAAAGCUGACUUUGUUGCCUUAUCUUGAAAAGAAUCUAGAUAGGUGCUUUUAACUGUGUUAUUAACUUUUUAGAAUUACACAGCUAAACAGUGUUAAAAAUAAUAACAAGAUUGCAAAAUUGACUCAGUUGGUUUAAGCAGGAAUCCUAGAAGCAAAUGGAUGAGCAUAAGAAUGGGUCAUUUUCCAUUCACCUUCCUUUACAAUUAAGGGAAAGGAAAGACCACUGGUUCAGGAAGGGAAAGGGAAGUGAUGCCGUAAAAGUAGCAACCUCCAAUUUUAUAUUUUGUCUUUUUUUUCUUUGUUUUGUUUUUGCUAUGUAGGGAUUGUUUAUUCAGAAACAAGUAGAAAAGUGGUGUUUGAGGGAUUUUAUUUAAUCUUUUUUAAAAAAAUAAAAUGGACUGUGAUACAAAUUGUUCACCUUACCAAAGCAAUAUUUCCCUGAAAUUUAAUUCAAAGUUGGUGGUACACACAGCCUGAACCUUUACUUAUUUAAGACAAGAAUAUGUUCACAUUUUGGUGUGUGGCCAUAUUUGUAGAAUGCUGAACCCAAUGUGCAAGUUGUACUGUAUACAGUUUUGCAAAGAAGUGAAAAUAAUUUGUUGUACUUUUUAUUCAAUUCUGUAUAGAUUAUAAAAUUAUUUUUAUUAAAUAAAUAUAUU